GACUGGACUCCGGGCACAUCCGAGGUUCAGUCAACAUGCCAUUCAUGGACUUCCUGACGGAAGACGGCUUCGAGAAGAGCCCAGAGAUGCUCCGCGCUAUGUUUGAGGCCAAGAAGGUGGACCUUGCAAAGCCGCUCAUUGCCACGUGCCGGAAGGGUGUCACCGCCUGCCACAUCGCCCUGGCUGCGUACCUCUGCGGCAAGCCUGACGUGGCCAUCUAUGAUGGGUCCUGGUCCGAGUGGUUCCGCCGGGGCCCCCCGGAGACACGUGUGUCCCAGCAGAAGGAUGGGAAGGCCUGAGCAAUGGGCUUCUCCUCCACCUGUCCGUAACUCCCACUAGUUUAGAGGCUGGCGUGACCUGUAGCUGGUUCGUACCUCUUCGGCAAAGGAGAUCGACAAGGUUUAGAACUGCUGUGUGAAGCCCUCCUUUCCCCCAACAACACUGGAAUAAACAUGGCCUUUCCUGAGUC